AAAACACAGACAAGAAGGAUAACUGGAAAGGCUCUUUUUCACUUCCAACUGGUUGAGUGUACUAGAAGCAGCCAGGAUGUCGGGGGCUUCAGUGAAGGUGGCUGUUCGGGUCCGGCCUUUCAACUCCCGAGAAACCAGCAAAGAGUCCAAAUGUAUCAUCCAGAUGCAAGGCAAUUCUACCAGUAUUAUCAACCCAAAGAAUCCUAAGGAAGCACCAAAGUCCUUCAGCUUUGACUACUCUUAYUGGUCCCACACGUCGCCCGAAGAUCCCUGCUUUGCAUCCCAGAGCCGUGUGUACAAUGACAUUGGGAAGGAGAUGCUCCUGCACGCCUUYGAGGGCUACAACGUGUGCAUCUUUGCCUAUGGCCAGACUGGAGCUGGCAAAUCCUACACCAUGAUGGGCAAGCAGGAGGAGAGCCAAGCAGGCAUCAUUCCCCAGCUAUGUGAAGAGCUGUUUGAGAAAAUCAAUGACAACAGCAAUGAGGAAAUGUCCUAUUCUGUAGAGGUGAGUUACAUGGAGAUUUACUGUGAGAGAGUCAGAGACUUGUUGAACCCCAAGAACAAAGGGAAUUUGCGGGUGCGAGAACAUCCUCUSCUUGGACCAUACGUGGAAGAUCUGUCCAAGUUAGCAGUGACAUCUUACACAGACAUUGCAGAUCUCAUGGAUGCUGGCAACAAAGCCAGGACUGUGGCAGCCACCAACAUGAAUGAAACCAGCAGCCGCUCUCACGCUGUGUUUACAAUUGUCUUUACUCAGAAGAAACACGACACAGAAACGGACCUUUCCACAGAGAAGGUCAGCAAGAUCAGCCUUGUGGAUCUGGCUGGGAGUGAGAGAGCUGACUCCACCGGUGCCAAAGGAACGCGGUUAAAGGAAGGAGCAAAUAUAAACAAGUCGCUCACAACUCUGGGCAARGUUAUUUCAGCAUUGGCUGAAGUGAGCAAAAAAAAGAAAAAGACAGACUUUAUACCCUACAGGGAUUCUGUACUAACGUGGCUUCUUCGAGAAAAUCUAGGUGGUAACUCCAGAACUGCAAUGGUUGCUGCUCUCAGUCCAGCWGACAUCAACUACGAUGAAACUUUGAGCACCUUGAGGUAUGCUGAUCGUGCCAAGCAGAUUAAGUGCAAUGCUGUCAUCAAUGAGGAUCCCAAUGCCAAGCUGGUGAGGGAGCUGAAGGAGGAGGUGACCAGGCUUAAGGAUCUGCUGCGUGCUCAGGGCCUGGGAGACAUCAUUGACAUUGAUCCAAUGGGAGAUGAAUACUCUGGAAGUGGAGUCAAAUAUCUGAAAGAUUUUCAGAACAAUAAGCAUAGAUACUUGCUAGCCUCCGAGAAUCAACGUCCUGGCAAUUUUUCCACAGCCUCCAUGGGGUCCCUCAGUGCAUCUCCAUCCUCCUGCUCUCUCAGUAGUCAGGUGGGCUUAACAUCUGUGUCCAGUAUACAGGAAAGGAUCAUGUCCACGCCUGGAGGAGAGGAGGCCAUUGAGCGACUGAAGGAAUCUGAGAAGAUCAUUGCAGAGCUGAAUGAAACAUGGGAAGAGAAACUGAGGAAAACAGAGGCCAUUAGGAUGGAAAGGGAGGCAUUGCUGGCAGAAAUGGGAGUUGCCAUUCGGGAAGAUGGAGGAACGCUGGGAGUCUUCUCACCCAAAAAGACUCCUCACCUUGUAAAUCUUAAUGAAGAUCCACUCAUGUCUGAAUGUCUGCUGUACUACAUCAAAGAUGGCAUUACAAGGGUUGGGCAGGCUGAUGCUGAGMGAAGGCAGGACAUUGUGCUGAGYGGRGCUCAUAUCAAGGAGGAGCACUGCAUCUUCAGGAGUGAGAGGAACAACAAUGGGGAAGUUAUUGUUACUUUGGAGCCYUGUGAACGAUCAGAAACCUAUGUGAAUGGCAAGAGGGUUGUGCAGCCUGUGCAGCUGCGCUCAGGAAAUCGUAUCAUCAUGGGUAAAAAUCACGUGUUCAGAUUCAACCACCCAGAGCAAGCACGAGCAGAAAGAGAGAAAACACCAUCAGCUGAGACUCCCUCAGAGCCAGUGGACUGGACAUUUGCACAGAGGGAGCUGCUGGAGAAGCAGGGCAUUGACAUGAAGCAGGAGAUGGAGAAAAGAUUACAAGAAAUGGAGAUUUUAUAUAAAAAAGAGAAGGAGGAAGCUGAUCUCUUGUUGGAGCAGCAAAGACUGGAUGCAGACUCUGAUAGUGGGGAUGAUUCGGACAAGAGAUCGUGUGAGGAGAGUUGGAGACUGAUCACUUCCCUGAGAGAGAAGCUGCCCCCCAGCAAGCUCCAAACCAUUGUAAAAAAGUGUGGCCUCCCCAGCAGUGGGAAGAAACGAGAACCCAUUAAAAUGUACCAGAUCCCCCAACGCCGACGCCUUAGCAAAGACUCCAAAUGGGUCACCAUCUCAGACCUAAAGAUUCAGGCUGUGAAGGAGAUAUGCUAUGAGGUAGCACUCAAUGACUUCAGGCACAGUAGGCAGGAGAUUGAGGCUCUGGCCAUCGUUAAGAUGAAGGAGCUUUGUGCCAUGUAUGGGAAAAAAGAUCCAAACGAGCGCGAAUCGUGGCGAGCUGUUGCUCGGGAUGUCUGGGACACAGUAGGAGUUGGAGAUGAAAAGAUUGAAGAUGUAAUGGCCAAUGGUAAAGGAAUAACUGAUGUGGAUGACCUAAAGGUGCAUAUAGACAAAUUGGAAGAUAUUUUGCAAGAAGUGAAGAAGCAGAACAACAUGAAGGAUGAAGAGAUCAAAGUUCUCAGAAAUAAAAUGCUAAAAAUGGAGAAGGUUUUACCCCUGAUAGGGUCUCCAGACAAAGCYCAGUCCACUGUAGCUAAUGCUGUGACUCCAAACGCUGCCAGUGCAGUGGACGUGGAUAAGAGGGCUGCAGAUGAGGCCAAGAGAAGCGACAGUGAUGAUCUUGCCAAGGAGGAACGCGUGUCUCARUUAAUGGCAGGCGAUCCAGCCUUCAGACGCGGGCGCUUACGUUGGAUGAGGCAAGAACAGAUUCGGUUUAAAAAUCUGCAGCAGCAGGAAAUUGCAAAACAGCUUCGCCGACAGAAUAUGCCUCACCGGUUUAUUCCACCUGAAAAUCGCAAACCCCGSUUUCCUUUCAAAAGCAAUCCCAAACACAGGAACUCGUGGAGUCCAGGCACCCACAUCAUUAUCACCGAGGAUGAAGUUAUYGAGGUUAGAAUUCCGAAAGAAGAUGAUAAGAACAAAGACGAAGGCAAAGAGAAAGAAAGUAAAGCUGCUUGUAAAGACCCGCAGCAGCUGUGGAAUCUUUACGGGCCUCAGAGGAGUCAGGAUAACAUCCAAAUCAAGCGGCAGCAGUUGUGCGCGCCGCAGCAGCAGCAGCAGCAGCAGCAGCAGCAGCAGCAGCCAUCGCCUCAGCUGCGCUGGAGGAGCAAUUCCCUCAACAGCGGCUCCCAGAAAAGCCUGCGGCGCCAGGCGUCGGGCUCGGCCGAGUCUCUGCACAGCCCGGAGAGUUCCCAGCAGAAGCGGCAGCAGCAGCAGCGGCAGCCGCACCCGGCUGAGGGGGCUCCCCACAGACAGGAGCGGCCCGGCCCUCACAGCCACUGCGGGACCCCCCCGCGCAUCAGGCGGCAGCUCUCGGCUCCCAACCUGAAAGCGAGCAGAGAAACGGCGGUGUGAGCGAGGAGCGUGCCCGGGCGGGCUGGGCAGGGCAGGGCACGGGGCACGGGGCACGGGCUGUGCCCAGGAGCAGCCGCGCCUCGGGGCUUUGGCCGGGCACAGCUCGCUCCAGGGCCGCACACCCGCACCSGGAGCGGCACUCUGCAUGUGCCUUUCCUUGCAGUUUUCAUUGGAAGAAUAUUCUGAAAAAUCGUAAGAACUAUUUUCAUAGACUAGAAGACUCGGAGGGAGGGAUGUGGAGGGGAGGACUUCCCACUAGCUCAUUUACCAAKUUUUUUKUGUGUGUGUGUGUCUUGAAGUAUUUUUCUAAUGCUGAAAAUAUUGUCUGGAACUUACCAAGUGCUACCUUCUUCCAGUGUUUUCUGUAGACAAUCAAAAGAGGAAUUUAGUUUCUAGCAGUGAAUGUUUCUUGUGACCUUUUUCUUAGCAAUAAGGAGACUGACYGUCUGUUUAUAAAUGCAUCUGGUUCUUCAGAACAAUAUUUUCCACUCUUAACUCAAACUUUUAAUAGUAAUAAUAAUCUAUAAACCAAAAGUUGUCAGCCGAAGAGAUAUGUGUUGCUUUUUUAUAAAAAACUUAAGAGCUCUUGGGUCACACUUCCUGAGUAGAUGUCUCUUCUCCUGCUUARGUUCAUAAUUAUUGGUAUGAAAUUGCUGUGACAGUUAAACCUGCCUGAAUAGACUUUUAUGUCAGAUUAUAUAUAUAAUGCUGAAGCAAUUCUUUGGAAAUAAGCUUUUUCUAAUUCCCACUGUAUAUCUAAAUAUAAUAGUUUUUAAUUAUUUUACUGAGRUUGUGAAAAGGAACUAGGAUUUUUCAACACUCUGGUGCACUCAAAAAGCUAAUUCUUUUAUUUUGGGUUUUCAGCUCUCUUAGGCAUGAGUCUGGGAGAUGUUCUUGAAAUAGUUAUUCUUAGGAAGAUUUGUAGAUCACUACUUUGUAUUGUUUGAAUUCUCCUGUGAGAUGGGAGAAUUGAACCGUUUCAUCUUCAUGUGAUACCUCAUGUUAGUGCCUCUGGUCUUGGAUUAAACUUGAAUUCAAGACUUGUUUAAUAAAGGAGAAGGUUGCUUUGAGGAGAAAAUAAGAUUCAGUUUCCUUCUCCCCAUACUCAAAAUGCAAGAUAAAGUAUUUGAUAUCAGUUUUGCUCUGAAGGGGUUUGUACUUGCAGGCGAUUUGCUGUAACACAAGGCUUGCAAUUCCUGCUUCAAAUGGUUUCAAACAAAUUCCGGAAAAACUAGUGAUUAAGGGAUAGGCUUUGGGGUUUAGUCUCAGUUGGAGAGUCCCAAUUUUAAUGAAACAGGGUUUUUUUCUGAGUUUAGGUGCAAGACAAAGUUGCUCUUUGUUUUGAAAAUCGGUGGCCUUAACUGUAAGCCCAUAUGAAUUUUUGAGGGCUUAUUUUUCUUUUAAAUGUAAUUUGAAUAAGAUUUUAAAAACAAAAUCGGCCACUCUASCACAUUUGGGAAGGUAGGUCCACUUUACAGUGUAUUUGUGCUGUUUUGCACAAGUAUCCUGAGUUUACUUGAGGUUGUUAUUCAUAACAGAUGACCCUCGCUGGUGAUUGUAACCUGUGUGUGGCUCAGCAUAGCUGUAGGUGAGUGGCAAGUGCCUCAAGCUUAUUUUCCAUUUUUUUUGGUCCUAUCCUGCUUUUCCCCUGCCUCAGCUGGGCAUGUUGUAGGUGCUAUUGCAACACAGAUACCAUUGAGAUAUGAAUUAAUCCAGUGUCAGCUCUUACCUGCACACAGAUCACUGAUGGGAUGCUGGCCUCUGCUGUGGGAAAUACAGAGUCAGUCAAAGGAACAAACUGGUCUGAUCAGCUGGGAGUUUUAUUUUACGUCAGGUUUAAUUUUGUGUCUAGAUCUGGCUCUGUAACUUGCAUUUGUCUCUUGUUUUGGCCUACUUGAACAAAGGAAAUAAAGCAUCAUGCCCAAAAAUGUUUUGAUUCAUAAAGCAAAGAAGGCUUGUAGAUGAGCAGUACUUUCUUCAAGCUUGAGUCWGAAUUGCAAAAGGAGUUUUGGGCUGCAAGUGAUGUUUUGCUGUUGUUCUUAUUUUAGAAUCCUGUUUCAGUAGUGCRUUGCACUUCAGUUUUGUGCAUGUCAAGGGUAAUGAGUUCUUAUAUAUCCCCCAAAAAGCUUGGACUGUGUGAAAAAUGCAUGCUUGGGAAAACCCUCUUAAUUCUGUAGGUAUAUAUGAGCCAAACAGAGUUGCUCUGCACGGGAUAGGUUGUGGGAGAUGACCAAAGGAAUUUUAUUUCAUGUCCCGUGUUUUGGAGGGUUGUGGCUGCCAUAUGAAAUCACCACAUGAUUGAGCAUGGAGUAAUUCUUAGGUCCAUGGAACUGUGUGCACUGACAUGAGACUAAAAACUCCUGCUACUUGAUGCCUUAAUGCUAAACACUAAAAUGUUUGUGUGAAUUUAGUUCAGCUUAAAGCUUUGAGAAGAGCUCUGGAAAUGCCUGGCUGGUGCUGGUGAGCAAUGGGUGCCAUCAGUCUGUCCUACCCCACUGUUUGAGUGCAGCACUAGAACAACCCUGCUUGGAUUUGACAGAAAAAGGACAGUCAGUGUCAGAAUGGAGUGCUGUCUGCUUCAAGGAAGCAGCUUUUUCCCUGGCUCUGAGGGGAGAUUUAGGACUGCUCUUAUGGCAGUGCAGUGCUUCAGCUGAUAAGGGAAGCAGUGUGGGAACUGGGGAUCUCCUUGCACUAUUCACAAAUACAGCUCUGGCUCCAAAUSCUGUGCUAAUGGAGUUAAUGAGCAGUGAGACAGCUGCUUGCAUAGAUGCCUGUGUGAAAAGGCUUUUGGGUUGAUGGCAGUGUGGCAUCCGUGCUGGAAGUGCUUUUGGCUGAGUUCUGGUGCCUUUGCCAAGCGCUGCUGGGCUGGGAUUUGACAGCAGCCGUGGAUCUGCUGUGCCUUAGUCCUGUAGGACUCACUGUGGGGUUAAUGCACAUCAUUAAUGCUCCUUGCACCCUUCCUCAAGCAAUCUCAAUUUAGGGAUCUGUCUCAUUAGAGGAUGCUGUUUUAAUCAGUACAUUCAGCAUAGUUUCAAUAUCUCCCUCACCGUGUCCUUUUAUAUGUUGCAAUUUGUUCUUUAUAUGUUGAAAUUUUUCUUGGAUAUUUCCCAUUGAAUCUCUUCAGGAGCUGCCACGUGAGAAAUCUAUGCUGUGUAACUAUUUGUACUGUAAAGAAAACAGUGGGCUGCCUUUGAAUUAAAUGGGAUUUUCAGAUCUGUCUAUUGUUUUGAGUUGUCUUAAGAGCAAGCAUCUGCCUUGUGAAAAGCAGAACUGGUUUGUAUUGUAACAAGUGCUCUUUCAAUAAACUAUGAAAUACUCUUGUAAGUGUC